AUGGCUAAUAAAUCUGGCACUCCUGGAAGAGCUAGAGGAAAAGAAUUUAGACCAAGAGAACCCUAUACACAUCGUUUACGUAAAAUUCUUGAAGAAUAUCCUGAUGGUUCACAAGUUCUUCGUGAAAUCCUCCAAAAUUCUGACGAUGCAAAAAGUACUGAACAAGUUUUCAUUUUGGAUCGUAAUACUUAUCCAUCGGAUAGUGUAUUUGAACCCGAACUGGAAAAUAAAUAUCAAAGAACAAGUUUGAAACUUGAUAGAUAUCAAGGUCCCGCAUUAUUGGCAAAAAAUAAUACCAUUUUUGAAGAGAGAGAUUUUCAAUCUUUGUUGAAAUUGGCGGAUAGUGAAAAACGUGAUCAAUUUGAUAAAAUCGGAGUAAUGGGCGUCGGUUUUAAUUCAAUUUAUCAUAUUACCGAUUCUCCUUCUUUUAUUACUGGUGAUAAUUACGUUAUUCUUGACCCUCAUGAAUGGUAUUUUAGUGGUGGCUUCCAAUUCGACUUUGUCGGAGAUAAAUUGGCUGAAUCACAUCCUGAUCAGUUUGCUCCUUUUAGAAUGCCGUGUGACAAAUUAUAUGAAGGAACUGUAUUUCGUUACCCUCUUCGUACUGAAGAUGACUCUAUUGAUUCGAAUAUUUCUAAAAAAAUUUAUAAACCUGACGAGAUUUUAGAAAUGUUUCAUAAAUUUUACGAUAAUGAAAGCAUUAAUUGCUUACUGUUUUUAAAAUAUAUUGAACGCAUUUCUUUUUAUGAAUUAAAACAAGGUGCUACUGAACCCGAAUUAUUAUAUGCAAUUAAUUUGGAAAAUGCCGAUAAAGUUCGAGAAAACCGUCGGUUGAUAGUUGAAAACAUUGUACCAAUGAUGAAUUCAUUAAAAUUAGGGAAACUUGAAGGAAAUAAUCAAUUAGAUACGUCUUACAUUGCGUCAUUCUGUCGUCAAACAAGAAGUUCCAAAAAGAGUAGUUCAUGGUUGAUUCUUAACUAUCUUGAUGACUUACUUGAAGCAGAAUCAUAUUUUCAUGAGAAAUUUAAAAGAAAUAUAGGAGAUUACAAGUUCAUCCCUAACGUUGAUAAAGAUUUAGUUAGUUUAGUUGUCCCUAUACUUGAAUCCAAAGUUAAGAAUAAGAAAUUUUUAAAACAUUUGGAGUGGGAUACUUUUCCUAAAGUCGAAAAUGUUCUAAGGCAGUUAGAGUUAUGUUAUGAAUCCAGUCAACUACCAAAAAACUUGGAAAAUAUUUGUAAAGCCAUUUACGAAUAUAUGAAUAAAACUCUUCAAGCAAAUGAUGAGAGUUCUAAGAAAAAAUUCGAUAUUAUAAAGAGUCAAUUGGAAAAUAAAUCGUGGAUUUUGUGCAAAAAUAAAUUUUAUUCAGUUGAUAAGGUUGUUUUUCGUCUUUCAAGUAGAUUUAGUGAUAACGACUCUAUAAUUGUCGAACUUCCCUAUUCCAGCGAAUUAAAGGAUUUUUUUAAAGAUAUGGGAGUUCGUGAUGAAAUUGGAAUCAAAGAUUUUAUUUUAAUAAUUAAAAAUAUAGUGAAGGAAAAUAAAAAGAAAGGUUCAUCAGAUGACGUAAUGAAAAAUGUAAUUAAAGAUAUCGUUCAAAUUCUUGAACAAAUUGCAAAUGACGCUGGUGCAAAACAAUUUUCAAUAAUAAUAGACGAAAGACAAAAAUUUAAGCAUGAUCCUUCUGAAAAUUCUUUAUUGUCAGACGAAAUGGAUGGUUGGCAAGGUCCCGCGUUAUGGAUAUAUAAUGAUGCUGAAUUUACUGAUAGAGACUUUCGAGCUUUGAUUAAACUUGGGGUUGGAGGAAAAACUAAUGAUGAUACCAAAAUUGGAAGAUUUGGGAUAGGUUUCAAUUGUGCCUUUCACGUCACAGAUUUACCAAGCAUUGUUAGCGGACAAAAUAUUGCAUUUCUAGAUCCUAAUGCUAAAUUUCUUCCAGCACAAGGAUACCCUCCCAGAAGGCAUAGAGGCACUAGAUUUAAUUUUAUUGAUAAGGAGUUGUGGAAGUUUACAGAUCAGUGCUAUCCUUAUAAAGCCUUAUUCGAAUGUUUCGAUUUCAUGGGGGAUUGCAGUUUCAAGGAAGCAGUAGGAUUCGGAAAGAAAACAUUGUUUAGACUUCCGCUUAGAACCAGCGAAUUGGCGGAAAUAAGUGAAAUUUCAAAUCGAACUGUAGAAGUUAGAGACAUCUUGCAUCGAUUCAGUAAUGUCCGGGGUAUCAAGGAGAUGCUCUUUUUAAGGAAUAUCGAAUCAUGUAGUCUACAUCACAUAAAUGAACAAGAAACUCGAAUGAUAUGGCAAGCGCAAAUUCAUAUGACCGAUGCUUGCCGCAAAAUCCGUAGCGGUGUAACUGAUACAAUACAAAUAUAUCAAUUAAAUAUUGAAAGAAUUGUACCGAACAAGAUAGUUUCAGAAAUGUGGCUGUUAUGUACAGGAGGAAGAGAGUGUGUCAAUUCGGAAUUCAGAGAAUUUUCAAACGGAAACCGACUCAAGUUUUCGUAUCCCGAAUUCAGAGGAGAAAUUUAUUCUUAUUUACCUUUGUCAAUUGUUACCAAUUUGAGAGUUCAUUUAAAUGGAAACUUCUCCUUGUCUAGUGCAAGAAGUAAUAUUUCACAAUCUGAAAAUGAUUUUCUGCAAGCCGAUUAUAACGACAAAUUUUUACCACCAGAAUUACAAAAUGAUUCUGUUUGCCUAGAAGCUCUAGUAAGAAUUGGUCUUAAUCGUGAAGUAAAUCAUACUACAUAUAUUAAAUGUGCAGAAUCAUUGAUAUCACAGAUUAGAAAUAUUCAACGAGGAAUAGUUCCUAUAGAUGUAGUUAAAAGUCGUGCAAAAGUAUUAGUACGUUAUUUAUACGAACAUGUUGAUGCUUUAAAUUUCAACGAAGAACAAUGGAACAAAAUUCUGGAUAUGAAAUUCGUUCCAUCAGAAAAUAGCCUUCCUAGUCAACUUUAUCAUACGCCAAAAGAGACUUCAGGGUUUGAAAAUGAGCACUUGUUAUACAAGAGUUGUUUGAAGCAACUUUCUUACAAUUCUCAAUUAUUGGAAACAGUAGAGACUAGUAACAAUAAAUCAGUAACGCAGUUAACAUCACAAUGUUUAGAGGUUUGA